ACUGUUAAGAAUUUAGUAUCAAAGGUCUCUCUUCUGCUUGUCCCUGGCCAUACACCCAGUCACCCUGCCUGUUCCUGCAAGGAGAUCCUCCAGCUGGCCCCACAGUCUCCCUCAGGUCUCUACUGGAUCAGUGGAACUGACAACAAACCCAAACACAUGUACUGUGACAUGGAGAGGAGCUGCAAUGGUGUAGCUGGAGGCUGGAUGAGGCUGGCCUCUAUCGACAUGACUAAAACUGGCAGUACCUGCCCAUCUGGUCUGAGGACCCUCACUAGUCCCCGCAGACUGUGUGCUAAGAACAUAGAUGUUGGUGUAUGCUCCUCAGUUGUGCUGCCGGUACAAGGAGUAGAAUACAGUCGAGUAUGCGGCAAGAUCAUUGGAUACCAGCAGGGGUCUCCAGAUGCAUUCAGGCCAACUAUUUCUCAUAAUAUUGAUUCAAAUUAUGUUGAUGGAAUCAGCUUAACUCAUGGAAAAAGUCCUCGCCAACACAUU